AAUCAUUCAACAAAAAUGGAGAGGAGAGGCAUAUGCAAGGUGGUGGUGUUGCUGUCUCUAGUGGCUUGUGCAGCUGCCCAGAGCGCUAGUAAUGUGAGGGCCACCUACCAUUACUAUAAUCCGGAGCAAAAUGGAUGGGACUUGAACGCAGUGAGCGCCUACUGCUCCACUUGGGAUGCCAGCAAGCCCUUGGCAUGGCGCAGCAAGUAUGGAUGGACUGCCUUCUGUGGACCCUCUGGUCCUACUGGCCAAGCUGCCUGUGGCAAGUGCCUUAGUGUGACAAACACUGCCACAGGAACUCAGGCAACAGUGAGAAUAGUGGACCAAUGCAGCAAUGGAGGAUUGGAUUUGGAUUCCGGAGUGUUCAAUCAACUAGACACUAAUGGGGCUGGCUAUGCCCAAGGUCAUCUUACAGUCAAUUACCAGUUUGUGAACUGUGGUGACUAAACCACUACUCCCCUUGUUCCUAAUGAUAAGAGAUUAUGGUGCAAAAAUAAAUAAGCAUGGAGUUAGCCGCUUCUACUGCAAUAAAAUGUUGUCAAACUUCGAGUUUGGCUUUGUAUGAAUUUGCAAGAGCAAAAAAGCACAUAUAAAUCUUUAUGAAUUCUGCUUUCCUCCUGGUUUCUU